AAUAUAGAUCCGGCAUGAGCUUAGCUGCAGUCACUCCUAGCUGCUCAGCAAACACCACUGAGCUUCUUCGGGGGAAAAUAUCUCAAAGUGGUGUUGACCUGGGACACUUGCUAACUGGGGGAACUUCUUGAGCCUUUUUUUUUUUUUUUUUUAAAUCACCUUCAAUUAUUUCUUCUUUUCUAAUAGAAGGAAAAAAAAACAAAAACAAAAAACCAUGUCAGAGCACAGCAAGAACUCAGACCAAGAAGAGCUCUUGGAUGAGGAGAUUGAUGAAGAUGAGAUCUUGGCCAACUUGUCCCCCGAAGAGCUUAAAGCACUGCAAUCUGAAAUGGAAGUCAUGGCUCCUGAUCCCAGGCUGCCCGUGGGAAUGAUCCAGAAAGAUCAAACUGACAAGCCACCGACAGGAAACUUUGACCAUAAAUCUCUCGUUGAUUAUAUGUAUUGGCAAAAGGCAUCCAGACGCAUGCUGGAAGACGAACGUGUUCCUGUCAGCUUUGUGCCUUCUGAGGAAGAUACACAAGAACAACAUGAAGAAAUAGACAAAGGUCAUAAAAAUGUGUCCCAAUUUUUACAAGAAAAGCUCAACAAAGAAAUAGCUGCAAAUAAAAGAGAACCAAAGGGCGGCAACAGUGUCCAAGAAACAGAUAAUAAUGAUGACGAAGAUGAAGAUGAUGAAGGAGAGGAUGCUGGUGGAGAGAGUGACAAAAAAACAAAAAGAGAAGAAGGCGAAGCAAAGGAGCAAAUCGGAAACGGUGAGAGCAAUUGCCAACAGAUAACAGAUAAGGCAUUCGAAGAUCAGAAAGACAGACCAGAGGUUCAAGAAAACAGUGAGAAAAAAAUAGCAAAAUUAGACCCUAAGAAGUUAGCUCUAGAUACCAGUUUUUUGAAGGUAAGUGCAAGGCCUUCAGGAAACCAAACAGACCUGGAUGGAAGUUUGAGACGAGUUAGGCAAAAUGAUCCUGACAUGAAGGAACUCAACCUGAACAACAUUGAAAACAUCCCCAGAGAAAUGUUACUGGACUUUGUCAAUGCGAUGAAGAAAAACAAACACAUCAAAACCUUCAGUUUAGCGAAUGUGGGUGCAGAUGAGAACAUAGCGUUUGCCUUGGCUAACAUGUUGCGUGAAAACAGGAGUAUUACCACUCUCAACGUUGAGUCCAAUUUCAUCACAGGUAAAGGAAUUGUGGCCAUCAUGAGAUGUCUCCAGUUCAAUGAGACACUAACAGAGCUUCGGUUUCACAAUCAGAGGAGCAUGUUGGGCCACCAGGCUGAAAUGGAAAUAGCCAGGCUUUUGAAGGCAAACAACACUCUCCUCAAGAUCGGCUACCAUUUUGAGCUUCCGGGUCCCAGAAUGGUGGUAACCAACCUGCUCACCAGAAAUCAGGAUAAACAAAGGCAGAAAAGACAAGAAGAACAAAAACAACAACAACUCAAAGAGCAGAGAAAAUUAAUAGCCAUGUUGGAGAAUGGGUUGGGGCUGCCCCCUGGGAUGUGGGAGAUGUUGGGGGGACCAAUGCCGGAUCCCAGAAUGCAGGAGUUCUUCCAGCCUCCUCCUGGGCCUCCCAGCUCCCAAGCAGUCCCUUUCAGUAGACGAAAUGAAACGAAAAAGCCAUCGCAGCCUCCGCAGUACAAGACUGACCCUGACCCCUUCCAGGAAGUGAAACUGAAGCGAAUCCAGCGCAAAUCUUGGAUGCCGGAAACCAAAGAAUCGCCUGAGAAAACCAACCUCAAAGACGUGAUCAAAACGCUCAAACCGGUGCCGAGAAAUAGGCCACCCCCACUGGUGGAGAUGACCCCCAGAGAUCAGCUCUUGAACGACAUUCGUCACAGCAACGUUGCCUAUCUUAAACCUGUACAACUGCCAAAAGAACUGGAGUAAGGGACAACAGAAUCAUCUAGAAGAACAAGGAAUUGAAAUAAUGACUCUUGGAUUAGAGCUUGGAGACUAUUUCAACAGCAGCUCUUCAGGAUCCAGGUGGCAGAACUGGGAACAGUGUUAACAUCUCAUUGGGGUAUUUAUGAAAGAGGAGAAUGCUUGGGUCAUGACAAAAUAGGGGCUGAAGGGGAAGGAGGAAGGAGGUAAACUAUUAAUAUUCAGGGGCAAUAUUUUCUUUUUUUUUUAUUGUUGUAGUUUAAAUGAAGUUUACAUUU